CACAAAAUCCAAUAAAACACACACACACACAUACACAUACACACACUCAGUCUCUCUCUCUCUCUCUCUCUCUCUGCAUUUGAGAGGCAGGAAAAAUGGCUGACUUCGUGGAAUUAGAAGAAGAAUUGGCCGAGUUCACAUUAGCUGAGGAUAUGAAAAUGACCGCCUUGUUUAAGCGAAUGAAAGAAAAACCAAUUAGUCAAGAGUUCUGUCAAAAACUUGCAACUAAGUUUAGUUGUUCACCUUAUCGUACUGGAAAAUCUUUCAUAAAAUGGGAACAGGUGCAAGAUUGGUUUAUGGAUAAGCAAAAAACACAAGCAGCUAAAGCCAUUGCUGAUAAGAAAGAAUCUGAUGUUCCUCGACCUCGACAAGCAAGAAAACCAAAAUCUAAAAAGAAAUUUUCAGCUCUAAUGCUUUCCAGAAAAUACAAUGCUUGCGGGUACACAAGACUCCCCGAUUGUGCAUAUGACCGGUCUCAGAAGCCCAAAGUUUCUGCUGCAGAGAUGGCCACAGAGCUCGCAGAGUUGUCUUUUGAAGCUCUUUCAGCAAAGGAUUUAGCUUGGUAUGAUGUGGCCUCAUUUCUCAACUUCAGAGUUCUUCGCACAGGCGAGCUUUAUUUCGUUAUGCAGGAAGUUCGUAUAAGAUUUGCUGGCUUUGGUCAUGAAGAAGAUGAAUGGGUGAAUGUUAAAAGGAGAGUACGUGAACGUUCCGUUCCCUUAAAGCCCUCAGAAUGUGACAGGGUGAAUGUUGGAGAUCCCUUGAUGUGCUUCAGGGAAGAUGAAUAUCUCGCAGUAUAUGGUGAUGCGCAAGUUGUGGAGAUCCAAAAGAAAUUACACGAUAAUACAGAAUGCACGUGUAUCUUUGUCGUCCGCUACGACUUGGAUAAUGCUGAGGAGAAAGUUACACUUGACAAGUUAUGUUGCAGACCAAACCGAAGCAACAGUAUACUGCCUGAAGGUCGUGCUAAAUUAUGUGUCUUGAACAGUAUUGACCAAGCAAAUACUCACUAGGCCAGAGCCUCCGCAACGUUGUUCUGUUGGAAUAUUGUAUGGUUUGGCCAAUCUAAAUAUGUACUCUCUAUGUUUUAUCAUUUUAUGUGAAAAUGUUUGGUCGGGCAUGAAGUUUAGAAAAGAAAAACUUUUUGAAA